AUGUUGUCUUUCAGACCGACUGGAUACAGGUUGUCUUUCGAACCGACUAGCGGUGUGUUGUCAUUCAAACCGACUGGCUACAGGUUGUCUUUCAGACGGAUUGACCACAGGUUGUCUUUCAGAACAACUAGCGGCGUAUUGUCUUUCAGACCGACUGGCUACAGGUUGCCUUUCAGACCGUCUGGCUACAGGAUGUCUUUCAGACCGACUCGCUACAGGUUGUCUUUCAAACCGACUGGCUGCAUGUUGCUUUUCAGACCGACUUGCUGCCUGUCGUUUUUAAGACCGAUUGACCAUAGGUUGUCUUUCAGACCGAGUAGCGACGUGUUGUCUUUCCGACCGACUGGCUACAGGUUGUCUUUCAGACCGAUUGACCUCAGGUUGUCUUUCAGACCGACUAGUGGCUUUCUAUCAUAUCAAUAUCUUUAUUUUUUCAUUUCUUUUUUAUAUCUAUCUAUCUAUCUAUCUAUCUAUAAAUAUUUUCAUAUAAAAAUUCUUUUUUUCUUUUCUUUUUUUCUUUCUAUCAUUUUCUAUUUAUCUAUUUAA